GUACUAAACAACCCCCUAUGAUCGCUCCGCCUCUCUGCCCGGAACUCGGAUCCUGCGUGCUGCGUGGAGUGUUGUUGAAAUCCACGAGGGAGAGCCAUGCCUUUAGCCAAAGAUUUACUGCAUCCAUCCUCUGAUGAGGAGAAGACGAGGCAUAAGAAGAAGAGGUUGGUCCAGAGCCCUAACUCCUACUUUAUGGAUGUUAAAUGCCCAGGCUGCUAUAAGAUCACUACUGUAUUCAGCCAUGCACAGACAGUUGUCCUUUGUGUAGGGUGCUCGACAGUCCUGUGCCAGCCCACAGGUGGAAAAGCCAGGCUCACAGAAGGUUGUUCUUUCAGAAGAAAGCAACACUAAAUGAUGCAUCUUCGUUUCUGUGAUAUGCUGCUGCACCUUGCAGAUUGCCCCUCAGGAUGAUUCGCCUUCUGUCCUGCUCGCACACCACUUUCCUCACUGUGGUAUAUUGCGCCUGUCUCGUUGGCUUUUGUAAUUCAGGGAGAUUUUUUGCAAUUGAAGUUUAAUUAUGUGCAAACCAUUUCCUAAAUAAAUCUAAAAUUUGCAGUUGACUA